AUGCAGUUCAUCCUCACCUUCAUCUCGGCCCUCUUCGCCGCGCUCUUCGCCGUGGCCGCCCCCACCAACAUCGGCGCCAACCUCAACGCGCGCGCAGGCCUCGCCGUGCGCGACGGCAGCUCGAGCUGCAGCGCCGGCCCUGUUCUCUGCUGCGACAGCGUCGAGUCUGCGAACAACCUCAGCAGCAACACCACCUCCACGCUCGGGGCUCUCGGGAUCAGUGUCGGCGACCUGUUGAAUGACAUCGGUGUGGGGUGCUCGUCCCUCUCCGGCGGUGCGGAUUGCCCGACGAAGACGCUCUGCUGCGAGGAUAACACCUUCAGUGGCCUCGUCUCCCUUGGCUGUUCCGACGUCGGCGCUGGCCUGUGA